CCGCGCUUCGGCCAAUGGGCGCACGCCCCGCCCCCAGCCAACCUAGGCGGCCUGGGAACCGCAACCCACAGCCUUGCGAGCCUCCGAGCCAUGGCGUGCGCCGGGUUGCUCGCUGUGUGCUUGCUCCGGCCACCCGCGCCCCAGCCGCCGCGACACCCCGCGCCUGCCGCGGGACACGCGCUUUUCCAGGAUGUUUUCCGCAGAGCAGACAAGAAUGACGAUGGGAAGCUCUCCUUUGAAGAAUUCCAGAAUUACUUUGCUGAUGGGGUUCUCAGCUCAGUGGAGCUGCGGGAACUGUUCAGCGGAAUUGAUGGGCACCUCACCGACAAUUUAGAGACAGAGAAACUGUGUGACUAUUUCUCCAAACACCUGGGCGUCUAUCGGCCUGUGCUGGCGGCGCUGGAGUCACUGAACCGUGCGGUGCUCACUGCCAUGGACACAACAAAGCUGGAGUACGAACAGGCCUCCAAGGUGGACCAGUUUGUCACACGGUUCCUGCUUCGAGAAACUGUGAGUCAGCUACAAGCCCUGCAGAGCUCCCUGGAGGGGGCAUCAGACACCCUGGAGGCCCAGGCCCGAGGUCAGCGGUUGAAUGAAGAACACAUUCAAGUGCAGAGCAGGUCCCGUAGCAGCCGGCGGGCGGGGCGCAGAGCCCUGAAGAACAUCAGCUGGUCACCAGCCUGGUCUCCUGGAUCCUCUGAUACAGGUCUUCCGGGGCCCCUGGCUGAUAUCCUCCUGGUCCCCCUAUCAGGGUGGACUUCAGAGGCUGAACUGCAGUGGCGGCUGCAGGUCAAUCGCCUCCAGGAGCUCAUAGACCAGCUUGAAUGCAAGGCACCCCGUCUGGAACCCCUGCAAGAGGACCUUGCCAAGGGGCCUGACUCGCACAUCCUUGUGGCGCAGAGACAGGUCCAGGUGGCAGAGGAUGCCCUGCAGGAUUUUCACCGUGCCCUGUGCUGCUACAUGAACUUCACAGGGGCCCAGAGCCAUUGUCUACAUGUGUCUGCCCAGAAGAUGCUAGACCAUGCUGCCUUCACCCUCUAUGAGUUCUGGCAGGAUGAAGCCUCCUGGAGAAGGCACCAGCAGUCACCCUGCAGCAAGGCCUUCCAACGCACUCUCAUCGAUCACCUGCAGGCCCCGGACACCCUCACCACUGUGUUCUUCCCAGCCUCCUGGUGGAUUAUGAAUAAUAACUGAGUCGGGUCUGCUUAAGCUGGUGACUCUGCAGCAUGGCCCAUCACUCUAGAGCCUUCGGCACUGGUCAACUCUACACUAAGACCAAGAAGCCUGCCUGUUCUCAGGCUAAGGGCUGAUCAGCUGGUAGAGGGGCUUAGCACAGGGAUCAGGGACUGGGUUGCCUGCUUAUUUAUUUUGCUGUUUGUAGCUUCCAAGCACCUGGGCUUCUGCCUGACUUGGGAAGCCCAGAUCCUGGUUCCCUUGUCCUCUGUCUUGGUGUGUGACCCACCAGGCAGAUAGAUCCCUUCCCUCUCUGGCUGCCUAGGAGUGUCCUGCUUUCUGUUUGUUGUUUUGGAGUUAGGUUUCUGUUCUUCCUCAACCAGUGGCAGAACCAGGGCUGAUGCUCAGGGACCCCCUCAAACCCUGGGACCUUGACCCUUGAGGCUAGGCCAACUCAGUCUGUAGUGUAGAAACCCAGGAUGUCUAUCACUCUUCUGGGUUAGAUCUAGAAUUUCUAGCAUCAAUUUGUUGUACAUGAGACUUCUGGAGUAUCCUGGGUUGGUUUGCAUGAUAUUUGCAUACCAUUUGCAUGUUCUGCCCCACCCAUUCUCAGGGCACUAUGAGAAGCCCCAAGAAGACCUUGCAAAGUAGCAAUAAUUUGGGCCUAGAGUUGCCUGUUGCCCCCAGAGGAGAUCUCUGAAUCUAAGUUUAGGACCCCAGCACAGAGGCAAUAAAGUUGGUGGUUACCUGUGGUGCUGCCUCUGUUUGUCUGUCUGUCUUCCUGGCCACCUUGACGUGAAACUCAGGGAAGAAAGCUACAGUUGGUACCCAGCUGAAGCUGCCUCAUGGGCAGAGGGAGCUUUUUCACCGCUCUCAGCUCAAGGCUGCACCCCAGACCCUGCCUCCUGAGCUCUGCCUGGGAAAGAGGACGGACAAGGUCCAAGCUCAGCUUUACCCUACAGAGUCUUCUCGGUGUUACAAAGAGCCUGCUUGACUGAAUUCCUGAGUGCACCUAUCUCAUGCCAGAACCUGCCAAGAUAGCCUGUCCUCACCACUGUCUCUUAACAGCAUAUUUAAGAGUCCUAGCAGCCAUAACAGGGCAGGGGGACUCCUACAGGACAAGGCUGAGAAGUAACUAAUGGGGAUACCUUAAGUGAUGCUCCACAUGAAGGGGCAUGGUACCCCAAGAGCACACAACGGAUGGCACCUGUCUCACAUGUGGGAACCACAAGUUCUGGGUGGCAGGAAUGCUCAACUCCAGCUAACCAAAGGAAGCCAACCGAGGGAUGCCGAGACCAGGAGGAAGGAAGAAGACUGGGGACAAAGCUGGGGAGGCAGGGCCCUUAAAGGAGCUUCAUUCUGGAAGCUUUAGUAGGUGUGAAACCAAGGCUGGUGGCCAGGGUCUGAGUGCCUAACUGCCAUAUCCCUGCUGGGUGCUGGGGUGUGGCCAGAAAAGCAUCUCUGCUGGCAGGAGUGCAGAUCUGGCCUCCAGGCAGGGUCUUUUCUGUGGGUCUCCCUACUGGCUUCAGCAAAGGCCUGGGUGCCUUGGGGCCAGCACUUGAACCCAGCAGGCUCCAGAAUGUGCUGCCAGUAUCUGAUCCACAUGGGCCCUGGGACUCUUUGGAGAGGUUUGUUACACGCAGUGUGGUUUCAGUGUCCCCUUAGAGAGGGAGCCAGUCUGGGAGGAAUAAUCCCUGCUCUCAGUCCUGUGUUGCAGCCUCCCCGUUCCCCCCACCCCAUAACAAUAAUAGACUCCCACAACUAAAGGCAUGAGUUGCAGCAGACAUGCUUGCAGUGGACAAGCCUUGGACUCCAAGAACAAAGGCAAAAAAAACAUCACCGUCUGUGUGUUGUGUGUAUUGGCCAGAGGGCAACCUCAGGUACUAAUUUAAUUUGUUUUGUUUUUAAAGACAAUGUCUCAAAGACCUGGAACUUGCUGAGGCUUUUCUGGCUGACCAAGAAGCCCCAGGAAUCCACCUGUCUCUACCUCCCUCCCACUGAGAGCUCAACCUCACCUGU